CUAGUUACAUGAAAGCAGUCAGCAGAAGGAGCUGUGGAGAGAGGACCAGGUGUCGCAGCCGGAGGCCACUCCUAUUCUCAUAAAAGGAAAGCCAAAUCAUCAUCCUCUCUCUGCAGUCUGCACAACUCACGAAAUCCUUUGCAAUCUCACUGAUGUCGUCGUCUACCAAAAUUCUCGUACUCUUUUUAAUUGUGGGUCCCAUCCUAUCAUCAGCCAAAACCCCACACGUCAUCCAUUUCCGAUCUCCCAACCUCUACCCCGAAAGCCUUACCUACGAUCCCUCGGCACAGCACUUCAUCGUCGGCUCCCUCCACCACCGCACUAUCAACUCUGUCUCCGACGCCGGCGUCACCGAAACCAUCAUCUCCGACCCCUCCCUCCCUCCCAGCACCAGCAUCCUCGGUCUCGCGGUGGAUAAACUCAACAACCGCCUCCUCGCUGUCAUCCACUCCUUCGACUCUCUCCAUCCCUUCAACGGCCUCGCCGCUUACGAUCUCCGUUCCCGCCAGCGCCUCUUCCUCUCCCUCCUUCCUUCUACCCCCUCCGACGAAGACGGCCGCAGCCCCAUGGCCAACGCUGUCGCUUUCGAUUUCAAGGGCAACGCUUACGUCACGAACUCCGAGGGGAACUUUAUUUGGAAGGUCAGCCCGGAAGGAGAGGCCUCGAUUUUCUCAACAUCUCCGGUAUUCACGCAGUUUCCCGUGGACCGCGACUCACCGUUGAGUUCCUUCGGGUUGAACGGGAUUGCUUACGUCAGCAAGGGGUAUUUGCUGGUGGUGCAGACCAAUACGGGCAAGUUGUUCAAGGUUGAUGCCGAUGACGGCACGGCAAGGAAUGUUUUGUUGAGCGAGGAUUUGCCGGAGGGCGAUGGGAUUGCGAUAAGGGGAGACGGUGUCGUUUUGGUUGUGUCGAAUAAGAAGCUGUGGUUCUUGAAGAGUGAUGAUAGUUGGGGAGAGGGAGUGGUUUAUGACAAAAUUGACCUUGAUGGGGAGAGAUUUCCUACCUCGGUUGUGGUGGGGAGAGAGGAUAGGGCGUAUGUGUUAUAUGGGUGUGUGGUGGAGGGUCUAAGUGGGAAGGGAGGGAGGGAGUUGUUUCAUAUAGAGGAGGUGAGGUCGGAGAAGGAGAGUGAAGAUGAGAAAAUUUGGGUGUAUUUGUUGAUAGGAUUAGGCUUGGCAAUUUUUUUUAUUUGGAGGUUUCAAAUGAAGCAGCUUAUCAGAAACAUGGACAAGAAGGCCAACUGAGAGUGCUUAUGCUCUUGCUUGCUAACAGGAAGGGGUUUCCAUUGCUUUCACUGGCCAAAAAUUGGAGAAUUUUAUUUGUUGAUUUCAUGCUUCAGCUUCUGUUGUUGAGAUAUCAAAUGGUGUGCUGCUGACGACUUCAUGGGUGGGCUACCAUAUCGUGAAGCUUUUAUCAUGCUGCUUAAGGAGGGUGAUGUGAUCACGACAAGCUCUUAUAUGACCCUCCAUUUACCUAUGCUCUCUUGUGGCCAUUCACUAAAACUCUUCAAUCAUCAACUUUUUAUGAUAUCAUGAUAUCCAAUGCAGGAAGCCUUUCCUAUGGACUCCUGAAGAAGAAAUAAAGUGCACAUUCGACAUCCCAGAAGUCCUACGGGCAGCAUCAGUUUGAUCUUCCUUUUGUUUUGAUUUGUAUGUGAAUUUCCGUCGAGCAGUCGAGCUCAUAAGACAGAUUGCAGACGCCUUAUCCUGUGUUCUCAACUCUUGUUUGGCUUUUUGCAUCUUCCUUGGUAUUAACAUCCAUUUCACUUUUUA